GUUGCUUAUGUGUUGCCGCUGGCAGCCGCUGGGGCAGCGGGUGCAGCAGCGGGCGCCUUGCGUUGGAGAGGCAGGAGCGGCUCAAACUGUCAUAUGGGAGUGAGGACCGGGACAGCGAUGAGUAGAAGCACGUGUACUGUACGAUAGCGACCCUCUACUACGGCUUGGCUGCUCUGCACUCGCCGCCUGCAGGACUUUACUGGGUCCCGACAUGGACUACCCCGGCCGAAAGUUGUCCACCUCCGGAGAUUCCUUGUAUGAAACUUUAGGUCUGCCAAAGACAUCGACGCCAGAUGACAUAAAGAGGACGUACCGGCGGUUAGCCCUCAAGUAUCAUCCGGACAAGAAUCCUGAUAACCCAGAAGCUGCAGAAAAAUUCAAGGACAUCAAUCGAGCGCACUCCAUUCUCACGGACCUGACCAAGCGCAACAUCUAUGACAACUAUGGUUCCCUGGGCCUCUACGUGGCUGAACAGUUUGGUGAAGAGAAUGUCAACACCUACUUCGUGCUCACCAGUGGCUGGUGCAAGGCACUGUUCGUGUUCUGCGGGAUUAUAACGGGCUGCUACCUGUGCUGCUGCUUCUGCUGCUGCUGCAACUUCUGCUGCGGCAAGUGUCGGCCCAAGCCACCCGAAGAGGCUGGAGACUACGCCAAUCUGCAUGACGGAAAAAGUGAAGCGGUCAGAAGCACCCCCAAGGUCGACCAAAGCGAAGCACAAGCAAACCUGCAGUUCCAAGAUUUCUCGGACACGUUGCAAGGCAGCAGCGGCCAGCGCGGUCGACAAGCAGUGAAUCAGGCAUACACCAGCUUCACAGACAUGAACGAUGACGACGACGAGAGCGACGAGCUGUUGAACCGAGAGAGAGGCGCCAGCGCACCGUCGUUCUGGAAGUUCAGCUACUACCAGAGCCUUUUUGACGUAACCACCAAUGAUGUGCUUAGACGGCUGCUGUGGUCAGCCGUGCCGCAGUUCUCAAGCCCAUCCUACCUCGAGAAGCACAUCAGGCCUAACCCUGACCUCUAUGGGCCCAUAUGGGUCAGCCUGACGUUGGUGGUGACGACAUCAGUGAGCAGCAAUGUGGCCAGCUACUUGGAGACAGCCGGCCAGAGCAAGGACUUCUGGCACACUGACUACACUCGAGUGUCGUUUGCAUCGACGGCAAUCAUGGUUUACAUGUUUUUGGUGCCACUGGUGCUGUGGGCGGUGCUCAAGUACCGCAAGGUGGAGUCUCGCUACUCCCUGUUGGAGACCCUCUGCCUGUACGGCUACUCUCUGGCAGUCUAUGUGCCCAUCUCUAUCCUGUGGGCCGUGCACCUGACCUGGCUGCGGUGGACGCUGGUGGUCGUGGGUGCUUCGCUCUCUGGCUGCGUCCUGGUCACCACACUGUGGCCUUCCUUCAGGGAGGACUCCCGCAAGAUGGCCAUCAUCACGUCUGCUGUUGUCUUUGCAUUACAUGCAUUGCUGGCUCUUGGCUUUGUGAGGUACUUCUUUCAACAUGAGAUUGUACACAACGUGCCAGCAACCCUACCAUCCCUGGUUGUCACAACUACAAGCAGUCACGUCAGCAGUGAUGUAACAAAAGUAGUUCUGCCAGUGAACAACACACAUUACUAGUGUGUCAUGAAAGUCCCCGUUCUGUGAUAUGUUGCAUUAAAACAAAGCAUUGAGA